AUGUCGGCUAUGACAGGCUCAAGGUCACCUACGUCUCCUUGGCCAUCAGAGUGCCAGAGUUUGCAGCUUGACCACCCUGCAAACUCAACAUCAUUUUUCUCUUUUUGCGAAACUCACCCUUCGUCUCAUGGACCUCCCGGACUUGGUCCCUCGAAUACAGUCUUGGAACGUUCGGGACCUGAGCAUUUCUCAAUUAGUGUGGACAAUCCGGGCAAUUUUGGGAACAUUGGAGAAGCAGGACCACACGCUCAUUCUGCAAUCUCUUAUCCAAGAAUUCACCUUGCAACCAACAGACCCCUCGAUAACAACCUGACUCUUUCAAGAAGCGGAUUGACAUUCGACAACCACUUGAAAGAAUCCACGGGUCACGAGAAUCCACGGAGCCGAGACCUAAUGGUCCCAGGUGCUGGUGCACCUUCAGGACAGAUGACUUCUAUGGACGGGCGUUCCAUCUCACUAGAUGAAUGUGCAGCGCUUCUCGAAUCAUCUAAUCGUGAUAUUAUGCUUCUAGAUGUUCGACCCUACGCGCAUUUCGCGAAAGGGACCAUCGAGGGGUCUCUCAACCUUUGCAUACCGACAACACUGUUGAAGCGCCCUUCAUUCGACACGCAGAAAUUAGCGAAUACCUUCACAGCCGAUCAUGAUAAGAAAAAGUUCGCGCGGUGGCGGCAAUCCCAAUACAUAAUCGUGUUUGAUGCCGCUACAUGUGACAUGAAAGAUGCAGGGUCGCUGGCUAAUGUGCUGAAGAAAUUCACCUGUGAAGGGUGGGGAGGGGAGGCCCGAAUUCUGCUCGGGGGCUACAAAAUGUUCUCAUCUCGCUUCCCUCAUUUGAUCAAGCUACAGCAGCUUCAAGCUUCAGGGGCGCCUACAAAGAAAACACCCAGAAUGCAUAUUGAUCUCCCUUCGGCAGCUCCUGUUGCAGGCGGAUGUGCUCUUCCCGAGUCAUCCCAUGCUUCGAUACCUUUUUUUGCGAACAUCAGACAACACAUGGAUCUGGUUGAUGGUGUUGGACAGAUACCUCUACAACUCCCUUCUGAUCUUACAGAGCUCAAGAGACAACAACUUCCAGCUUGGCUACGCGAUGUGUCAGACGCCUCCGACAAAGGUCGCAAAGUCUCCGAGAGGUUUUUGAAGCUUGAGAAGAGGGAGCUCGAACGCAUGAAACGAGCGCUGUCUUAUAAUAAAUCCGACGAGUCCGCAGCGAUUGACUCCUCGCCAGAAAGGUACCGCGUUGCCGGUAUUGAGAAAGGAACGAAGAAUAGAUAUAACGACAUCUAUCCUUUUGAACAUACCCGAGUGAGACUCCAGAAUGUCUCUCCUGGUGGCUGCGACUACGUGAAUGGGAACCAUUUAAAGGCGGAAAAGAGUCGUAAAUGCUAUAUCGCCACCCAGGCCCCAGUCCCCGAUACCUUCGAUGACUUUUGGCGAGUGAUAUGGGAACAGGAUGUCCGACUUGUUGUUUCAUUGACUGCCGAAGUCGAAAGGGGUCAGGUCAAAUGUCAUCCCUACUGGAAGUCAGGGGAGUAUGGACAAUGCCAGGUCAACAACUUCUCGCAGAAGUUGAUCUACCUAAAUUCUCGGGAAUCACCACAUAUUGAGUUAGAAGGCAGCCAGUUACCGCCAGACGUGAAAGACGACCCUGGUAAUCCAUACAUCAUUCUAUUUCAACUGCUUUUGAGACGAGCAUCACAUCAACUUUAUGGUGCCCAGUUUCAUGCGGACUGUGUCACUUUUAAGCCCUGGACCAACUCCCUUAAUGUGAAGGCAUCUGUAUUGAUCCCUAGGGAGUUUCUGACGCUCGCACUUGUUUUUCGAGAACAAGAAAGCAUCCAUCUUUUCCAGGUUAUAGGGGGUGGGCUCCGACCCCAAGCUCGCUUGGAGCUCCAGUGGUGUCGGCCAGGUGCUGUUGAAAUUCUUAGAACUGCCUUUGACGGCGAUGAUACAUUAUACAUACUCCAUCGCUUUAGGCCUUCACUGAACGACAGUGAUGAUCAUGCGAGGCAUCCGUUCGUCAGGCACGCCAUGCAGCUUGGGACUGAUACGACGGUCUAUCUCUCUCGAAAUUCAAUACAAUCUCCCCACGGCCCUGUUCGCAUUUGUGCUUUCCCUGAUCAUGCAGACUACGAGCCUUUGGCUCUGGCAGCUGCGCGCGGAGGCAUUUUCGCAAUCUCCUGGCAAAAUGCUCAGGACACCAGUGACCUCGAGGUAGUUUUAUAUACCUGUUCCUCUGAAUCCAACUGCGAUAUGAGGCCGGGGGUAAUCGGUAGCAGAAGGCUGUGGUUUGAUGGCCAUCGGGGCUUACAAGGCAGACUCGCUCGGGGUCUUCUUCCUUACGAUAACAGCUCUGUAGUAGGUCUUCGUUUCAACGACAAGUCCAGCCAGUUGCUCUACUAUUAUCGCGCUCAGACGUUGUACAGCUCUUUCCAGAGAAUUGACAUGUCGUCCUUUCCCAUACAGCCCACAUUGUAUGAAAACUCCUGCCCUGUACAAUUCACAGACUCCCUUAGCCUUCUUUUCUCAAUCGAGGUUCCUUUCUUCGGGACCCAUCAAACUCAGGUCCUAGAUGGAUUCGCUCGUUGUCAAUGGAAAUACUUGGCUUUCGGCUUAGCAACUCAUCGCGAAGAACAAUGGACCAAUUGUCAGCAUGUCUUGCAACUUGAGCGUGGACGGCGAUUGCCUGAUUGGAGCGUCGUUGCACGCCUCUGGGGAUUCCAGCAUCCGACCAACUCCCUUGGUUGCAUAGUUGCAGCUUCAAGGCAGGGAACAAGGCUUGCAGUCGCCAACUGGAAAACAAUCUAUAAUUCCAACGGAUUCUACCCACUCGCAUCACAAGCACAAAAUUCCGGCAUGAUUGAAUUACGACCAAUAGUAUUGUCGCUUGAAGCCGUCUGCUUUCAAUUGCAUUUCUCUGAGGAAGAAGAUGGAUUGAUAGCAAUCACAGAUAGGGGCGUCAUGUGCUGGGAUUUAGGUCCGCGGGGAAGAGGGCGACGACUGAUUCAGCAUAUUUGA